AUGGCGUAUUACGAGUGCGCUAUCGCGGGAGGAGUUAUUGGAGGAGUUUUAGCUGUCGCGGCCGUGACUUAUCUUGUAUGGAGGUUCUGCAUCAAGACGAAAAGGCAACAAUUCGAGCAGGGCGCUUGGAUAGAUAACCAAGAGCAAGCGAAUGCAGAAAAGGAUUUCGUCAUGCGGAGGGACGCAAGAGCUUCUACACAUACUGUUGGAUCAAUUGCAUCUACAGUUCUCACGCGAGCCUCGAAUAUCAUUCAAAUCGCAUACAUUCCAGGUGUUACGAACAGAUCGACCCCGUCAACACCGGGUCUUCUUGUCCCACCAGUUCCUCCGAUUCCCAUUGCUUUAUCAAAUUCAUCUGGAACACCAAGAUACGAACAGGAACACUUUUUCAUGCCAGGAGAUCUACGCGACUCAACAUACAGCGGAAUUAGUGCAAUUGGUGAACGAAACUCGUACGCAAGAAAUAGUGUUGCAUCCACUAUAUAUGGAAAACAAGCUAUCGUAUCACCAGUUCCAGCGCAAACGGUUAUCCGAGGAAAAGCAGCAGUAGUCAGUGUUAAUAAGGCAGGUGGAAAUAAUGGCACUAUCACACCUCCAGUGCCAAGUGUCGACUUUCAAAAAUAUUCCGAGAACCCACCUAGCCCAGCAUUUUCCGUGGGCAGCACAUUCUUGAACGCAGCCAGUGCCGCAACCAUGGCCAAACCUCAAGUCAUUCGAGUAGAUUCUAGCUCACCGAAAAGCAAAUACACUGAGCCUCCAAAAGUUGUAGUAGCCUCAUCACCACUAAGUUCGCGGGAUUCCACUGCAGUCACUUUAAUCGAAGACGGUACCCCCAUCACACCCCAAGGACCUUUUAGUGAUCCUCCUGAAAUAAGUCGAAAAUCCAAUGCUACUUUAUCAGCUAUGAUUCAAAACGCAACAAGGAAGGCACAGGGUGAUGUCUUCUCAGACAAACAUGAAGUCAAGGAAUAA